AUGAGGAGAACCAUGGAAAAAGGAAAACUUUCAUGGAGGAAGUUUUUUUCCUUCCUCCAUGAGGAGAACCAGCAGUACGUCAUUCAUGUGUUUUCCUUGUCCCAAUGUCUGGAUUCCGGUGACCUUGCCGACGUGGAGAUCGUGGUGGAUAGUUCCCACUUCCCGGGCACAAAGGCAACCUUCAAGGCCCACAAGAUGAUUCUGGCUUUACAGAAUGAAGUGUUCAAGGCAAUGUUCUACGGUGACUUCGCCAAAGAGGACCGCAUAGUGGUUACUGACUUGCACACGGAAGGCGUCAGAGGCCUCUUGAGAUGCGUGUCAUUCGUGAAAGGCCACAUGAAGCUGGACGACGUGUGUCCUCUCCUGAACUACGUUUUCACCACAGGCGAAGAAGACCUGCUUGACCACGCCAGCGCAUUCAUCAUUCAGGACACUCUCGGGGUGAUUAGCUCUUCGAAGUUCACCUCUUCUACCGAGCUCACCGUAAGCUUCAUCCUCAGCCACGCGAUUAAUGUUCCAGAGGUAUCACUGGUGACAGCAGUGUACAAGCGGUCGCUUGAUCACGCGCUGUCACGCGUCAAGGAGAACGAUCAACAGCCCGACGUUCGCGCUAUUAUGCUGCCGUUUUUUCUCGAGCUGCGCUUCUUUGCGCUGACGUCCGAAGAGUUUGUGGAAGGUCCUCUGGCGUGGAAUAUCUUCACCAAGACCGAAGCCCUAGCCUUAUUGAGCAACAUUGUCAAAGGAGGCUCGAUGACCAUGCCACAAGGGUUCUGA